AUGGCAGGGCGCACCCACACGGUCGUGGAUAGCAGCGAUGGCAGCGAUGGCAGCGAUGGGAGUGCUAGUAGUGAUGGGAAUGUUGGGAGUGCGAGUGCAAGCACAGGGGGCGGUGACGCGAUGAGCAGGCAGAGCAGCAUGAGUGAGGCGCACAGCGGCCUGCUCGUCCCCCUCUCGCCCUCCACGCCCACCACGCCCAGCCCCAGCCCAAGUCCGAGUAGUGUGUUUUGGGGAAGCAGCAGGGCGAGAGCGCGUGGGGUCACGGGUGAGGGGAAGGGCAGUGGCGCGGUGAUGCAGGGCAGGGAAGGACCAGAAGCACAUGGGGCUGAUGUGCUCAUGGCAGCACCAUCGCUGGCACAUGCUGCUGGGGCAGUGGCAGCAGGUCGUGCUGACGGGGAUGGCAGCGGGGCAAGGGGGGGUGGCAAGGAGAUAUUUGUGGUGUCGGACGGCACGGCGUGGGCGGCAGACAGGGCGGUGGGGGCGGCAGUGGGGCUGCUGAACUGCGGGGUGGGAGACGGCCGAUGCUCCGUGCACACCAGGCUCUAUUCGCAGGGGGGCAAAUGCGCUGAUGUGCGAGCCAGGGGACGUGGCAGUGGGGCGGCUGGCAUGUGCAGGUGGAUAAACUGGCCUGCUCUCCUCUUUCCUCCCUCUCGCCCCACCCCUCAGGUCACAGACACGGCGUCUCUCCUCGCUAUCAUCCACAUGGCUGCAUCAAGCGGUGCACUCCUCGUGCACUCGCUCGCCGACCCUGCUCUGCGCCACACCGCCACGCACACAGCAGCGGCGCUGCACGUGGCAGCAGUGGACCUACUGGGGCCGCUGCUGACGGCUGUGGGGGAGCAUAUGGGCGUGGAUGCAGUGGGUACGGGGCAAGGCGCGGGGGGCAAGCGUGUGGGGGAGCUGGGCGAGGAGUAUUUCCGGCGCAUCGAGGCGGUGGAGUUCACCAUCCGGUGUGUCUCGCUCGCCCCCCCUGCUUGCUUGCUGCUUGCUGCUCCCCUGUGCUUCCUCCUGUGUGUCUCGCUCUCUACCGUGUCUGCACCUGCUGUGCCACGUCUCACAGCAAAUCAUCAGCACCUCCCGUGCAGUGUAGUGCAGGGCAGGCACCUUGGCAGUGUGCAAGCCAAGGCGCUGCAGCUGCUGUUGUGCGCCUCUGCUCUUACCACUCACUGCACUCGCCUCCCUGUGUGUGCGCCUCUGCUCCCCUGUGUGUGCGCCUCUGCUCCCCUGUGUGUGCGCCUCUGCUCCCCUGUGUGUGCGCCUCUGCUCCCCUGUGUGUGCGCCUCUGCUCCCCUGUGUGUGCGCCUCUGCUCCCCUGUGUGUGCGCCUCUGCUCCCCUGUGUGUGCGCCUCUGCUCCCCUGUGUGUGCGCCUCUGCUCCCCUGUGUGUGCGCCUCUGCUCCCCUGUGUGUGCGCCUCUGCUCCCCUGUGUGUGCGCCUGCAUGCGUGGCGUGCUGCGAGCAGGCAGGACGAUGGAGCCCUGCCGCGGAACCUGGGGCAGGCGGACAUCAUUCUCGUGGGCGUGUCCCGCACCGGCAAGACCCCGCUCUCCAUGCACCUUGCGCACAUGGGCUAUAAGGUGGCGAAUGUGCCGCUGGUGCCGGGGGUGGCGCCACCAGCAGAGCUGCUGCAGGCAGACCACGUGGACCAGCGCCGCGUCUUCGCCCUCACCAUCGCCGCUCCCACUCUCGCCGCCAUCCGCUGCACACGCUACCAGCGCCUGGGCUUGCUGCCGCAGCAGCCGCACCGCGGCGCAGGGAGGGAGAGGUCCGCGUGGGGAAGAGGGGAGAGGGGGGCGGCGUAUGGAGAGGGCAUGGGAGGGGGAGGGAGGUACUGCAGUGUGGAGCAUGUGAGGGGCGAGCUGGAGGCGGCUGAUGACCUCUUUUCCCUGCACCCCCUCUGGCCCCUCAUUG